AUGUUGGUGCAGUUCCACACGGCCAUCACCUCCUCCAUCACCUCCUCCAGCACCUCCUCCAUCACCUCCUCCAUCACCUCCUCAUCACCUCCUCCAUCACCUCCUCCAUCACCUCCUCCAUCACCUCCUCCAUCACCUCCUCCAUCACCUCCUCAUCACCUCCUCCAUCACCUCCUCCAUCACCUCCUUCAUCACCUCCUCCAUCACCUCCUCCUUCACCUCCCCCAUCACCUCCUCCAUCACCUCCUCAUCACCUCCUCCAUCACCUCCUCCAUCACCUCCUCCAUCACCUCCUCCAGCACCUCCUCCAUCACCUCCUCCAUCACCUCCUCAUCACCUCCUCCAUCACCUCCUCCAUCACCUCCUCCAUCACCUCCUCCAUCACCUCCUCCAUCACCUCCUCCAUCACCUCCUCCUUCACCUCCUCCAGCACCUCCUCCAUCACCUCCUCCAUCACCUCCUCCAUCACCGUGUGGUUCGCUGGAGCCACAGUCAGGGACAAACAGAGACUACAGUGCAUUGUGCGGCAGGAGGCUGCGGUCCAUCAGGACUAGAACCUCCCGCCACAAGAACAGUUUCUUCCCCUCUGCUGUUGGACUCUUGAACACUUCUUAA